UAGUGACAAGUACCAAAAAGGGCGUGUCACUACCAAAUGGUGAGGCGCGCCUACAUACAUGUAUCGCUUUGUGGCAAUUCGAAGGCCAGAAUAACACCUAGUCAUCAGUUUUAUAAAUUGAACAAAUAUCGAAAAUUUUCUUUGCAGCUUUUGAAAUUUGAAUUCUCAUGCCUUAUCGGGUGUAGCUUGUUGGCCUAGCACCUGCAAGAGGACCCCUUCAGGUCGUGGGUCAAAUGCUACUGGCAAGUGCUGGUGACGUUGAGUGCAUAUUGAUAUAGACAAAAAUAUUGGUGCGUACUGAACUUCAACCAGCAAAUACACUACUUAACGGUUGAGUUGAGUACAAACCCAUUGUAUAGCUGCUUUUAAUAACAAUGUUGAAGGACAAUGCUUCGGAUCAUGAUUCACUCGAACGAGUUUAUACGUCAUCACCAGGCAAUGAAUUAGUGUUGAACCAAGUACAGUACAACUGAAACCGGUUGAAUAUACAUGCUAUAGAAUUUGAAUAUAUUCGGGUUACCAUGGCGUUUUGGAAGCGAAGAAGCAUGACUUUCUCUCCGAACCCACCAGAUACCAAACAUGAGGUUCAAUACAUAGGAAAAGAACCAGCUGAAGGCAAGAUUGGACUAGAAUGUACCAUGCAACCAGUUGAAAAUAUGUACCGACGUUACAAACAAACGAAAGGCAAACACUCGCAACGUAUGCUACUGGAGGUAACAAGUACAGGUAUUACACUCACACACUUAAAUGGCGCAGAUGGACAAGAAGAAGAAAAGAUAGUACCUGUUGUUAAGAUGUCAUUCGGUGCUGCAGAUCCCCAGCAUCCUAAAAUAUUCUCAUUUGUGAUGGUGAACGAUACAGCAAAAGGACCAAAUAAAUGGGAAUGUCAUGCGUUUUUGUGUGAAAAUCCUUCAGUUGCCAAGUCAUUGACUUUAUAUUUAGUGAAAGCUUUCCAAAAGGCAGCAGAUGGGAGAGCUGAUAAAGAUGAACAUUUCAGAGAUCCAAAUAAAAGGACUCGACCAACAACUUUACAUAUUUUACAUGAUCGUGGAAAACUUGAACAUCAAAUCGCUGAGAAAUCAAAGCCUCCUCCUGUAUCUACACUAAAGGUAACAAUGAAUAUAGAAAACAUCGAAGACUACGAUAAGGUAGGCCUACGAAAACAAGAAAAGACCAAAGGCGUUAAACUUGAUCAGAAUAAACACUUUGCUAUGUUGUUAGCAAAAGAGAAAAAAGAAUUAGAUGCGUUGAAAAUGGUUAAUCAGGCGAAAAUGGCGGAUUUAGAUGGUAUCAACACAAUGAGCAAUCAAAAUAGCGCUGUAAACAAAGAAAAUGAAUACUCCGAGGAGGAUGAAGUGGAUGCUUUAUUAAAAGAGGUUGCAAGCGAAGGAGAAAACGAAAAAAUUAUUAUGGCAGUAAACACAACACUUCCUUUAACUCCAUUAUCUGAGACGUCGCCUGGUAUGGAAAUGUCAAACUCCGAUUGUAUCAAUGAUACUAAUACUAAUAGUGAAGGCGAUGGACAAGCUAUAACUGACAUCAAGUCUUUAGAAUCAACGGAAGAUAACUCGCGUAAAUCAAAACGGAAAUCAGUAAGAUUCACUGACGAAGAGCCUAAAAUAAUUGAAGGAUGAUAAAAGACUACAUUGCAGUUAUUACUGUAUCUUUACAAAAAAAAAGAUGGCGGUGUUAUUUAUUCUGAAACGCAAGCUAUCAACAGCAACGCAUACCGGAUUCACUACCGCCUAAUAAUCGAUACAUGUACGCCUAUAGCGUAUUUUAUCAGACGAAAGCUAUUAUAAUUCCUAAUGUAGAUUAUAAUUUAUCUAUGCUACUUUACAGCCAAAAUGAUCUUAAGAUAUUUCUAUGAGAGAUACAUUAAGUAUCUAAUUUGUACAAUAUACAGCGAUAUUAUCCAAUAAUUGGAGAAUGAACAAUGCUUGUUUUUUGUCUGGUGUGUUUGCAAUAGUUCUUUAAAAUUACUGUACACAUAUAAUUAUGUUAAAAAGAACAUCUUUUAAACUGCCGUUAGCGAUUGAUAUCUUUAUUUUAUUUUGAUCUCAGCCUACCAAUAAUUCACGUCUUUCUCCACCUUUUGAUUGUCAAUGUUUUGAAACAAUCAACCAUAAUGCUUAUUUAAUCUAUUUUAAUAUUCUCUCAUCAAGUUUAUAUAUCGAAGAGAAACUGGGCUGCUUGUGCAAGUGAUAAUUGGCAUUUAUAAAUAAUGACACAAUCACAAAAAUGACAUACAUCCAUAGAAUUCAUGCAUUUAAUCAAUUUAAUGCAUGGUCUAGUAGUAGUCCCAAUAUUGUCAUAGAUUGUAUAAACCCUUUCACAUAUUCACAUGCUCAAGUCAGCGACAAAAUGGGGUCUAGUUGGAGUUAGUUGCAAGUAUCAUGGAGGAAUAAGUUUCCUUAUCCAUUCAUGCAAGUAUCAAGCCAGCUAACACGCUGAUUGCGUUAAAAUGUUCCCACAUUAGUACACAUCGCCUUUGAUCAAAGCAGGUUACAUGUGUCCAACGAAUCGCUAGGUUUUUGGAAAUGAUAAUCUUGUAUUAUGUGUGCGUAUAAAUUAGUAAUAUAAAUAUUAUGCAAUGAAUAGUAAUUUCUAAACACAUUAGACAAGAACAAAUAUGUAUUGUCGGAGUUUAACUGUUUAUAUCAAUAAUAAUCUUUAUUUUUUUUCUAUAAGCUAUUUUCUUAUUAUUUCUUUGUCGAAUUGAGAGGAAUAAAUUACUCAAAUGCUUUGAUAUGCUGAUUAAAAUUAUAUUAAGAAAUCACAUGUACUACUCAAUUAUUCAUUUUAGUGUUUAAUGAAGUUAUAGAUCAAAUUAAACGUGCGUCAAUUUUGUUGCAUCUAAGAUGAAUAUUGAAUGUAUUGAUGGUUGAUGCAUCUGAGCUGAGUAUUGAAUUGAAACUUUUUUUAGAUGUUUGACGCAUCUGAGCUGAAUAGUGAAUGCCUUUGAAAAUGAUGAUUUUUUUUGCAACUGAUUAGAAUAUUUGACGCCUUAAUUUUUAAAUUUGUUUUGACGCAACUAAAUUAUUUAUUAUUAAUUUUGCUAUUCUAAUUUUUGCCUAUGUUUUUAUAGGCCUACUGUGUAACUUGUGGUAAUAUUUGUUUGUGCACUAAAUCGUGAAUAUUGUUGUAAAAGUGUUGAUGUUUGUUGCAUAUGUUGAUUGUUGUUUAAAUGGUUUUGUAAUUUGAAUAGCGUACCGUUUUAACUUGUGUUGACAUUUUGUUGUGAUUGCAGUACAGUAUAUUGUAACUAUUGUAUCAAAGAUUGGCGUAGUCUGAAAUUAAGAUACACAUAGGCUAUUCUAAAUGUGGGCCUAUUUUGAUGCUUCUUUAUCUGGGGUCCAUUCAACUAUAGACAUUAAAGUUGUCUUCAUUUAAAUUGAACUCGGAACCAGUACGGACAGGAUAGCAGAAACAAAGACAAAAUCGUGUUAGUUUCUAAUGUAAUUCAAUACGCCUCAUUACACUCUUUCUCUACCAUUACUAUGGGAACAACUGCUGGUGUCAUUGUCGAUGUACGAAUUAUUUUGUGCAGAGAAUCUCACCAGUUAUAGUGCAGUUAUCGUUUGCAGGAAUAAUAACCGCCACUGCUGGUGUGACCGUCGAUGCGAGUUAUUUUAGCAGCGAAUCUCAUCAGUUGUAGUGGAAUUAUCAAACACCUAUGUAUUCUAUCGGUAUAGCUGUGUUUUCUCGAUUAUAUGUUGUAGCAAUAACUUAUAGCCAUUGUACUUGGUAAAGUGUGGUAAAUCAAUGGGAGAUUUUAUACACAGCUCUUUACUUUUGUUAUAUUCAAUCCUCCUAGACUACUCAUUGAUAUAAGGUGGUAUUAUUAACGCGAUUACCUCAGUUGCAGGUAUUUUUGAAUGCCUAGAGAGAUGAAGGUUAAUGCUGUGAAUGUCUCGAAAGUCAACCGAACAUGUCCAUAAAUAGUGAUAUAAUUUUUUCCAUAGGCCUACCUUCUAUACACUCCAUUAAGGUUCUUUAAUAUCCAUGCAGGAUCUAUCUUUUAACAACAUUAUAUUCUUACCUCGGAAUUUACAGAUGGUACUCCAUCCUGUCAGCGAUUGAAAUGAGUCUGUUACAGGUCGUCUGUUUUAGCUUUGAUUAAACUCGUAGAAGUUUGUAUCGGCCACUCUGGUAAAGCGCCUUGCUGAGGAACAAAAGCGAAGUGCAGAGCGACUGAUUAAAAAAAAA